CGGGGUAUGCCAAGGUACCCCGAUAUUCGCCAGGUGCCAGACAGACGCGUGCCAGUUCACACUAAUGACACGCGGUCUGGGCUCACGCAAGGGCCGAGGCUGGCGGAGCAAAUGAGUGUUUGUCCUCACACCCGCGGGUAGACAGGCUUCUGAUCAGCGAUGGUUUGAAUACGACUGACGAAUUUCCUUGCGCUCAUCUUUUGCUUUGCUUUCCUAACUUCCUUUCAAGUCUUCUUCUUGAUACCCAUUACACGGUUGUUGCUUUUGAAUAGCGCUCGUCCUCUGUCGUCAUAUCGAAAAGCCGAGGUUUUGACCACGCGCUGUAGCUCCCAUUUCAAAACUAGGGUAAAGCUCAGGAUUGCUCCUUCAGCGUCAUAACUUCGUGUAACCCCACGUGCUCAAGUUCUCGGUCCUCUUGGUCUCCAUCUCGCGCAACUCCGAUCUUCCUGAUCUCUUGAGCUACAACACUACACAGCAUGUCUGCAAAGUCGGUGCAAGGGCCUGGCGGCAAGAAGCCCGCGUCGGCGGCCACAAACUUGAUCGCCGGUGGUGGUGCUGGAAUGAUGGAGGCACUCGCGUGCCAUCCGCUAGACACAAUCAAAGUCCGAAUGCAACUGUCAAGACGAGCUCGUGCACCAGGAGCGAAGAAGCGUGGUUUCAUCACGACCGGAGCCGAGAUCGUAAAGAGGGAAACAGCAUUAGGUCUAUAUAAGGGAUUAGGCGCCGUGCUCACAGGCAUUGUUCCAAAGAUGGCUAUACGAUUUACGAGUUACGAGUGGUAUAAGCAGCUGUUGGCAGACAAGGAGGGUAAUGUCGCGUCGAAAUCAACAUUCAUGGCUGGUCUCGCUGCUGGUAUCACGGAAGCCGUCCUUGUCGUCACACCAAUGGAGGUUGUCAAGAUCCGUUUACAAGCACAGCACCACUCGAUGGCUGAUCCGCUCGAUAUACCGAAGUACCGAAACGCCGCCCAUGCCAUGUACACUGUCAUAAAGGAGGAAGGUGCUGGCGCAUUAUGGCGGGGUGUCUCGCUCACAGCAUUGCGUCAGGGAACGAACCAAGCGGCAAACUUCACUGCAUACUCGGAACUGAGGGCGCAAUUGCAAAAGUACCACGGCACUACGGACCUGCCAGGUUAUGAGACGAGUCUGAUUGGGUUGAUCAGUGGUGCUGUUGGUCCGUUCACAAAUGCGCCGAUCGACACUAUCAAGACGAGGUUACAGAAGACACCGGCGGAAGCGGGUCAAAGUGCUGUCCAGAGGAUAGUAAACAUCGGAAACGACAUGUGGAAACAGGAAGGUGUACGCAGUUUCUACAAGGGAAUCACACCGCGUGUCAUGCGAGUCGCUCCCGGCCAAGCCGUUACAUUUACCGUGUACGAGUAUCUGAAGGGUGUGUUGGAGAAAGGAAGAGAUAUGCUCCCUGGUGGGGCAUACGAGGAGUGAGCGCUGAUUGCAUCUUUUGGUUCAUUAGAAAGCGCCUCACGAUAUCCACGUGCUCUUUUGGAUAACAUAGUUCAGCCUGUAAAUGCAUAUGAAGUUUCACAACAAGUA